AUAAUAAGUAGGUUUCGUGAGUAUUAAUUAAUAAAUUCAAAAAUUCAGUCUUCUAUUUCUUACCCAUUAAAUACUAAUUUUUCGUUAUUAUAAAUUUAGCAAUAAUUAAACAUUUAACUAAAACAAUUAUAAUAGUCUGCUCAAAAGUAUUCAAUAUUUUUUCAAUGUUUAACUUGCCCACUACUUACAAUACCCUAUAAGGAAUUUUUCGUCAAUUUUUCUUCAACACAUUUGACAAAAAUAUACGCUCGUUUUCACGAAAUUGAAUAUAAUUUAUAAACAAAAGAUUUCAAAAUGACCACAACACUCAAACCUUACCUUUCAGUUGUAAAGCAUUCGUUGGAUGCUGCCAUAUGCAUAACCCAAUUUUACUCGCAAGUAGUUGAACGUCACAGCAAACCAGAAAUAGAAAUGCAAACCAACAGGGAGUUAAUAUUGACUCCAAUGUUAAUCAGUCGCAAUGAGCGAGAACGUGUUUUUAUUGAAAGCUCUAUAAAUUCAAUACGAGUGAGUAUAGCAAUUAAACAAUGUGAUGAGAUUGAGCGAUUAUUGUGUGAUAAAUUUACACGAUUCAUGAUGAAACGAGCAGAAAAUUUUUUCAUUCUAAGAAGGAAACCAAUUGCUGGAUAUGACAUAACAUUCCUAAUCACUAACAUGCAUGUGGAACAGAUGUACAGGAAUAAACUUAUUGAUUUCAUUAUUCGAUUUAUGGAAGAAAUUGACAAAGAGAUCAGUGAAAUGAAGUUGGCGAUUAAUGCAAGAGCAAGAAUUUGUUCAGAAGAGUUUCUCAAACAUUUUUAAAAGAAAAAUGUAUAACUAUCCAGUGUGCAUUAUUUUUUAUUUUCUACUGUAAUCAUUUUUUUAUAUUGUAAAAUGUUUAAAUGCAAGUUUAUUUAAAGUUAUAAGAUUAAAAUAUAAAAUAUAGACAAAUUAA